UUUAAGAAACGAAAAUACGGAAGGGAACCAGCAUCAUGUGAUCAGCCAGCUCUCCACAUACCACAGAACUUCUGAUCUAAAUCAUCUUUAUUUGAGCCUCUUUCAACAGUAAUUGUUGCACUUCCAGAAAAGCACAAAGUACAAAUAAGAUUGUGUUAGCCUCAAUCCACUUCUAGUUUAUAUACAAAAUUACCAUUGCUCAUGUUUUCUCUACAGACACAGGUAUAUAAACAUUAACACUACUAAGCAUUAUUUUUUACACUUUUUUUAAAAAAAACAACAUAUUCCAAAUUUGGUCUUCAAGUAUGCAACUUUUGAACAUUAAUUCUUAGUCAUCACCCUAGUUUUGACACUUCCGGCAGCAAGUGUUGAUAAACUUCCUCUUUCUAUACAAAAAACUUUCCAUGUGAGAACAGCGGACCCUUUUAGAGCUCUUUAAUGUGCAACACCCAUUCUGACUGCUUUAGUUUUGUAACAGCAAAAUGUUAACUUAGUAUGUGAAGCCUUUUUAAUACAAGAGACAUUAUUGUACAGAAGAUAACACGCUGCAUGUGAUCAGCAGAAGGGAAAUGAACACCAACCACAUAAUCUUAAUUUUCUUCUAUGGACAAUUGUGGAGAUAACUUUCUACAGAGAUACAGAGGCCUCCAACAAACCUAUCGUCAACUAUUUUUCUGACAUAAUCAAGGAGAAUAUCUGUCAGUCUUGGACAAAAAGGAAAUACAGCUCCCAGGUUCCGGUACUAAUCAAAUGAACUUGCCAUCUUACACAAAAUUUAAGCACCAUCAGCAGCUAUCAUGACACCUCAGACCACUACAACAGAAGAAAGUGAAUCCACCGAUGGGAGCUGGAUAGCUGCACUGUUAAUCGGCAUAAUUUUGUCUGGUAUGAUGAUAGUUAUUAUUAUAAUUCUUCUGUGGAAAUGCUCAAAAAAGCCAGCUCGAGUUGAUCCAAACUGGGCAGGUCGCUCUCCAUUUGCAGAUGGAGACACACCUGAUAUCUUUGUAGAGAAUGCUAAAGAAAUGGAGCUGGUCACAAAACGUACCUCAGUUCUCUCUAUCUUGCCAUGGAAAUUUAAUAAAAACACUCCCCUGGAUGAUUCUAAAAGCUCUGAAUCAAAAGAAAGGCCUGAGAAGCCAUCCAGUUGCAUCACAAAGGAGAAGAGCAACUCAUCUACCCCUACACUAAAGAGAGACUCUGGCCCAUUAGACGCCAACAUUUCGGUUUCCUCUUCAAAUAUUAACAUUGGGCCCCCACCUCCUGUUUCAGAUGGACCGUGUGAUGUAUGCGACCCUUCACUCAACCCAAUCCUUCUGCCAUCUGAGUCACUUGAUCUGCCAUCUCUACCUGACGAAGUCCAGGAGAAUCACUGUCCCGAAAUCAGUAAAUCCCUUGAAUUUCAAUCAGAAGCACAGAGCCACUUUCCCCCUCCUCCUGACUUAAUCAAUCAAGAUACACUAAAGGGAGGCUCUGGCCCAUUAGCUGCCAAUGUUUCGGUUUCCUCUUCAAAUAUUAACAUUGGGCCCCCACCUCCUGUUUCAGAUGAACUGAGUUAUGUAUGUGACCCUCCACUCAACCCAAUCCUUCCCCCACCUGAGUCACUUGAUCUGCCACCUCCACCUGACUGGCUUAAUGAAGGCCAGGAGAAUCACUGUCCCGAAAUCAGCAAAUCCCUUGAAUUUCAAUCAGAAGCACAGAGCCACUUUCCUCCUCCUCCCGACUUAACCCAGCAAGAUGUAAAUUAACCAUUGCUGCCACCACCAGCAUGACCAGACCCUGGAUAGAUUGAAGGAGCCUGCUUUGCAACAUACUUCACAUCCUUCUUAAAAGUACUUUGAAACAAAUGAUUACGUGACAAGUGGAGAUAGACAAGAACUAUAUGAAGUUACAGCUUUUAU